AUGGACAAGGCACUCGAUGCCGGCCUCAUCCGCCAUAGCCCUUUCCAGGUGCCGUGCGACCAAUUACAGAGGCUAUUCCAACCCCCAUGGUCCAUAGAGGAAGCCAUUGACCAGGUACUAAAACGUUCCUUAAGGAGCGAUGAGACCCCUCGGCAGUUCGUCGACGCCUUACUCCGCCUCGCACGCGACGCCUACCCCUCACUGUCAGCGGCCGAUAGAGACCAAGUGGUCCUUCACCACUUCAAACGCGGCCUCGGGUCCCAAGAGGUGACGUAUUCUCUGAGGAUUCAGCCACCGGGCGACCUCAACGAAGCCAUCCAGCGGACAUCCAGCAUGCUAACAACCGACACCCCAACAGGCGAUGAGCACUCCCCGGCUGAACCGUGGAAAUCAACGCCAGACCGCAGGCAACAGAACAACACCUGGACCAGACCGUACUACCAGCCUUCACAACGAUUCAAAAGCGGCAGCUGA